AUGACGCUACUGAGUACGUUAGCUGCACUCGUUAUUAUCGUGCAUACCGCUGAAGAGGAAUACGAGAGAGCCCAGAGGGGGAUGCGGGCGAGGUCCAUGGACGUGGGACCACCUGGAUAUGAGCAGACGUGGAGAGCAAUGGAAAUGCAACCAAAGUCAGCCGACAUACCAGAGGGCGAGUCGUGGAGAAACGCUUCACCAGAUGACGGAUCUAAACGUAGAAGAAAUAUGCGCAAAAGGAAACGACGUCCACAAAUAGAAGACGAUUUGCUCACCCAAGAACGGCAUAUAUUGCCAGCCAAUAAUCCGCAGAGCGAUCCCGACUACUUUAUAGCACCCCCCGACGCGAUAAGGAGGCGCAAGAAACAUAAUCGAAAGCAUGGAAAGGAACACUUAUUCGCUGGUGGUUGGGGUGAUGGAGUUGAUAUCGAACGACCGGUCAGAAGGCGAGGACAUAGACGCAAACGACCACCCACUGUCGAGCCGUGGCCGGAAUUAAGCGAGUUUGGCGAUCUAAGACCUCAUUACGAUGUUCCUGUGGAUGCUGAAUGGGCAGGGAAGAAAGAGGAACCGAUUGAUAACGAUGAACCUGUAUUAAACGAACACACUAAUCAAGAAGACCGUGACGAUGAGGAAACCCCAGAUACGUAUCCGCAAGCAGACAACGAGGCUCCUGAACUAAGUGUUUCGGAAAAUACAUUUGCAGCAACGCCACAAAGCGACAGGUCACUAUCAGAGUUUUCUUUAGAAAGUCUCAUCAAACGGAACGAUGAGGAUUUUAAAAUUACCGAAGUAAAACCUAAAGAAAUUGUCAGUGAGAGAAAUAAGGAAUUAAUAGAUAUAGCUAAGAGUAACGAACCACUAGAGCCACUAACAUUAAAAGCUAUAUUGAAAAGGUCGAAUGGUAGAAGUCUUAGUGAAAUAUUACAACAACAUAAUCUAUCAUUGAGUGAUUUGUUGCAAGGCAGGGAAAAAGCUUUGUCUCUACUAAAAACUGAUAAAACAAAAGUUAACGAUGACUAUAAAAAAGAAACAGGUGAUUUAAUGGCUGAAACAAAAGAUCAAUACAAACAUAUGGAAAAUACUACGUCUUUAGCUUUGGAAAAAUCAGUUACAAGCAAUAAUGAAAGAAUUCGAUCCGAACAUAUAACGUCCGAAGAUGUUAAUGACGCUGAAAGUAAAUUAAACUCUACAGAGGCAGAUAAUAACGUAGAAACUAUAAAUGAUAAUAAAACUGUUGAUAACGUUAGUGAUGAUACUACUAAAAUCCACACAAGACGUCGAUUUCCAUUUAAUUUAAGACGUAAAUUACGUACAAGACCAACAAAUAACACUUUUAAAGGACAACUUAGUAGAGAUCUAAUGGCUUUAACAACAAGAAAAUAUCAGAACAGUAGGAAUAUUCAAAGAACACGAGAGUGGGUCGAGUACAUGCCAGGCCAAACGAAGAGACGAAGAGUAAAACCAGAAAUAAGUAGUACUGAAGGGUAUGUUACAGAAAGUUCAAAUCCAAUUACAACCACACAGGCUGAAGAAACUACAACAGAACCAUUACAAACCAAUGGACGGACUGAAGAAAUCGACUUCAGCAUAUCUUCAAGUGACUUCGACAUAAACACAUCGAAAUCUAUCAUAGAACCUGGGCUAAUAGUUAGUGAAAAUACACCGGAAACAGAAGAAAUUUUCACAACUGUUAAUGUCAUAGACACUACCGCCACACCAGUAACCGAAAAAAUUGUAACAAUAACGCAAAAGCCAAAAAUUAUAUCGCACAUAAGAACAAUUCUAAAUUCUGCUGAUAUGCGAAGACAGGCUCUGAGUAAUAGAUUAAAAAGGAAACGAUUGAGACAAAAGAAUUUAUCUAAUGAUUCUCGUGACGCCGAAAAAGACAUAUCUAAACUGGAAAAUUACGUUAACAUGCAAUCGGCGUCAGAGUUUAUGGGACGAACGCAACCAAGUACAUUGAAUACAGAUAGUGAAAAUGAUAUUACUACAUUAGAAGAUUUUAUGUCCACGGAGUCAGUUAUAAAACCGCAUAAUCGUAUGAGGUCCACGAAACCUCCUCAUGUUCGAUCAUCGCUACUGCCUAAAAUACAACCGUAUUUAACUGCGACUGAGGAAACAGCUAAGUUCGAGAUAGAAGAAAUACUUAACGACACUAUGACUCGAGCACGACUUGCAAGAAUUCUCAGGGAAAGAAACAUGACAUUAAAUGAAUUAGUAGAGCACAGGGAGCGCGGUUCCAGUCACGUCCAUUUAGCGGAUAUAUUUCACAAUGCAUCGAGGGAGCCGAAUCCUGCCGAACCGUUUCUAUCAAAAUCACUCAUUGAACCAAUAUCCAAAGAAAUAUAUCCCCUAAGAGCCCUUCUUGAAGCAAAUCUUCAUGACCCUAAGACAAAUAUAGAUGAAAAUGGUGACAAUUCAAAUUACCUAAAUAUACCAGUUGUUAUGGACUUUGGAAAUAACGUGAACGAGAACGGGGAAAAUAUGGGCAUUAUGUCCUUAUUUGUUGGUAAUAAUAAUACAAGUCAAUUAGAAAAUAUUGACAUAAAAGAAACUGUCGACUUACUUGACUCAAUGGUCCCACAAAUAAUUAAUAAAACUAUUGAACAGAAACCAAGGGAAGGUCGGGUAAUCAGCCCAGAGAAAGGUUUAGUAAAUUGGAAUGAACUAUUUAAACUUCUUCAUAAUCAAUCCAAUGCACAAGAUCUUCUUGAACCGAGAAUGUCUUCCAAAGCUGAGACAUUGCAAAAAAUAUUAUUAGAAGAUGAUGAGGACAGUGAUGGUGUUAUUGUCUUUGAAGAUAUACAGCCACUUGAAGGCAAUAAUAUUGGUUCUUCCAAUGAAGAAAAUAUAGAAGUAAGAUUAUCACAAAAAGCAGAGGAAAAACCCAUUUCAGUGCACACAUCUAGUAGUAACGCUAGAUCUGUGACUGUUGUUACAGCUAGUAUCAUAGGUUUAGCUUUAGUUUUAUUUUUACUUACAUAUGCAGCAUUUAAAUGGAAACAGCAAAGUAAAAUAAUCGAUAACAAAGUGUGUAGUAGCGAUGAUAGAUUACCAUCGCCAAUAUUCGAAAACAGGAAGGGUAACAUGAGAAGCAGUACCCGAAGCAAGAGUCCUAUGCUCACAUCAAACAUCUAUUCCAUAAACACAUUAGAUACACAUGCUGGGGCUGAGUCCCCAGAAUACAUGUGGGACUCCUUACGGAAACCAUUUCAAUAG